CCACAAAGACCCUGAACAAGACGUUCUCCUCCCUCCCCAAAAAAAGUAUUGGAUGUCUGGCAGGAAUCUGCGGGGCCCCCCCCUCCCUCUUCUAAGAACAUAUUUGUGAGGCCGCGCGGAGGCAGAGCCUGCACUCCGGCUUCACGUCCUCCCAGGAACACACGCCGCUCUCCAACGCUCUCUUUGUCCAUUCGUCUUUUUUGGGGAGGGGAAACGCUCAGAUCCGUAAGCAGCCAUGGACGCCAUCAAGAAGAAGAUGCAGAUGCUGAAGCUGGACAAGGAGAACGCCUUGGACCGAGCGGAGCAGGCCGAGUCGGACAAGAAGGCGGCGGAGGACCGAAGCAAACAGUUAGAGGACGAAAUAAGAGAGUUGGAAAAGAAAAUGCGUGUUACUGAGGACGAAAGAGAUAAAGUGUUUGAGGAGUUCCAAACUGCUGAGGAGAAGCUGCUGACCGCUGAAGAAGUGGCCGCCAAGCUUGAGGACGACCUGCUGGCGCUGCAGAAGAAGCUGAAGGGGACGGAGGAUGAGCUGGACAAGUACUCGGAGGCGCUUAAAGACGCCCAGGAGAAACUUGAACUGGCUGAGAAGAAAGCCAUGGAUGCCGAGGGUGACGUCGCUUCCCUCAACAGACGCAUCCAGCUGGUGGAGGAGGAGCUGGACCGUGCUCAGGAGCGUCUGGCAACCGCCCUGACCAAGCUGGAGGAGGCCGAGAAAGCCGCCGAUGAGAGCGAGAGAGGCAUGAAGGUCAUCGAGAACAGGGCCAUGAAGGAUGAGGAGAAGAUGGAGAUCCAGGAGAUCCAGCUGAAGGAGGCCAAGCAUAUUGCAGAGGAGGCUGACCGCAAAUACGAGGAGGUGGCUCGUAAGCUGGUCAUCAUUGAGGGAGAUCUGGAGCGUACGGAGGAGCGUGCUGAGUUGUCAGAAGGCAAAUGUGCUGAGCUGGAGGAAGAGUUGAAAACUGUGACCAACAACCUGAAGUCACUGGAGGCCCAGGCUGAGAAGUACUCCCAGAAGGAGGACAAAUACGAGGAGGAGAUCAAGGUCCUCACCGACAAGCUGAAGGAGGCUGAGACGCGUGCCGAGUUUGCUGAGAGAUCCGUAGCCAAGCUGGAGAAGACCAUUGACGACCUGGAGGAGAAACUGUCCCAGGCUAAAGAAGAGAACCUUGAUAUGCACCAGAUGUUGGACCAGACUCUAAUGGAACUGAAUAAUUUGUGAAAACGCAGUCUGACCCCGACUUGCGCUGUUGUUUUUUGCUUCUUCUUUUUUUUUUUGUACUCGCACCUUUGCUACCCCGUCAACCUGUACCUUGCCCACGGUGCAGAUGCUGUUUGUGUUGCACCGUCCUGCCUUCAGUGGAACCAAGGAGCUAAGGGAAGUAAAGCUUAACCAUUCCCUCUGAUGUCGCCGACAGUGAGAAGCACGGUUGAUAGAUUGUGCUCGGGUGACGUUGCAGGUGACAAAGAUUGUCUGCUACAUCGCGUACAUGUCUUCUCUUCCACUUUCAUUUUUGCACAUACCAAAGGACAAAGUGGAGAAAUUUAGCACUUAAGUCAACCUCACGAUAAUGCCUUUUCUGCAUUCUGUUAGAAGCAUAGAUGCUGCACUUCUUUAAAAAAAAAAAAAAAAAUCAAAAAAAAAAAAAAAAGUAAA